AUGGAAGCAGCAUCAAUACCAUCUCGAAUAGUUCUCAUGGGAACUUCAAAAAUAUCCUUAAAUGAGAGGUUUUCCCAAGUUGCGGUGCCUAAAUUACGACAUAGCAUUACUCCAAUAAGAAGUUACAACGGUAAUACCGAACAGAGCUAUCCUGAAUCGCUUCUAAGUCGGCGUCCAUUGUAUAUCGGUGAUAUCGAAUUACCUAAUGAUUACGAUGCAGUUGAGGAAGACGAUAUAGAUGCAACAGCAAAUUACGUCGAACAAGUCCGUAUUGUCCCAAAACGCAAGUUGGGAAUAUAUCAGAGCUCUCGUUUUGCUCGAAUUCCAGUUCGUAAUCGUAUCAGUUUUCCGCAUUGGCACAAUAGGCCUCGUCCUUUCGGUUCGUUGCGAUAUGCGAGCAGAAACACACGCUUCAUGCGAAAUGGUUUCAACCGCAUACUUUGGCGUUCAAAUACUGUGUUACCACGAAACCAUACUUUUUAUGGUCGAGGUGGUCGUUUUAUCGGUGGUAAUUUAUCCAGUAGUAAUUUUAACCGCGCUAAACGGUCAGCCGUGACAAAGGAAGAAUUGGAUAAGGAACUUGAUGAAUACAUGAAAAAAGGAAAACAUCCACAGAUUGACGUUUCUGAUCUCAAAUAA